GCAGUCUGCUCUCCUGGACAGCAGAGGGCGCACCCGAGCUGCAGACGUCAAGUGACGAUGCCUCCCGACCACAAGCAGAAGAGAACACGCAGGAGGAAUCCCACUCCUCCUCAUUUUCCCGAGGAAGUGUUAGGAGAGCCGAAAACAUUCUUCUAUGUGCAACUUGCUCAUUCUUAGAUAGCCCGAACACGGCGAGCUGUGUUGUGUGGGCCGGCGGCUUUGGCGACUACUCGACUGCCUUUUUUUUAAAACAAUGCUUCGCAAGCGCCGCCACAUCACGCACGGAGCGGCGGCGUUGGUUCUGCUCUUCUUCGGUCACAUCAUCUUAGCUGCUGGCAGCGGAGAAAAAGCCUCACAGAGUCGGGAAGAUGCGCAUGGGAUCGCCAGCAGGCAACUCGCUCUCGACCCUGGUUCCUCACUCGCUCCUUCUGCUUGAAGUGUUCGAAUUUGGCUAUGAUGGGUCUCGGCCUCCUGUUCUCCGGGUUUUUGGCUCCAAGCCGGUGGACACGAUGGAAGGUGAUGUUCCUGAUGGUGUCUGCUGGAAGCUUGAGCUGAUGUUCCAUGAAGGACUUGAUGGUUUCCUCUGGAUCUUCCUCGGUCUUUUCCGGUAUCCCCGCGAAGACCAGAUUGUCCCUCAUGCUUCUCGCCUGGAUGUCCAGCAUCGUCUCCUUCAUGCUCCUGUUGUCCCGGGGAUGACUUGGAAUUCCUUGUGGAGCAUCUCAACAAGUGCGAGGCGGCCAUCCAAACAAGUCAGCCUCUUGUCGAUGGAAUCCAGGAUGUCGGUGAAGUUUGUACCGGGUGGUGACACAUGGCCAGACCUUCAGGAGAUCGUGUUUGUCAUCCAGAGUCAAAGCAACUCCUUUCACGUGAGGCGAGCAGAAAAGCAGAGGGUGGAUUUACUGGGGCAGGCACACGCUCAGUCAGAGAAACCACCAGUGGUUCUGCUCCUCCACAAUUUAUCAGACAAUGAAGGAGACUGGAGUAUUCUUCCUAUGCUGCCCUACUUGUCUCGCUCCUUCGGGAAGAAUUCCUCCUGGAUUCUGUUUCUCGAGGAGGAGACCGACGUGAGGAUGACGAGGCUGGUUGAAGUCCUCGCAAAGUUUGACAAGAAUAAAGAAUGGUUUCUCGGGAAGCCUCUCCAUGACGAGGAGUCCACCAUCAUCCAUCACUACGCCUUCGCAGAGAACCCCUCCGUCUUCAAAUACCCUGACUUCUCCGCCGCGUGGGCCUUAAGCAUCCCCCUCGUAGUCCGGCUUGCCGACAAAGUCAGAGAAGAGCCGCUGAAAUCAGACUUCACCAUUGACCUGAAACACGAGGUGUCCUUGUACAUUUGGGACAACGGCAACGGUCCACAUCUGACUGCCGUACCCGAGUUGUGCACUGAGCCCGAGGACUCUCCGAGGGCCGACUUCUGCGCCACCACUCUGAGUGCCAAACCUCCCUGUGGUGAGCCGGUGAAUGAAGAAGAUGUUUUUGUGGCCGUAAAAACUUGUAGGAAGUUCCACAGCGAAAGAGUUCCAGUGAUCAAGAAGACUUGGGAGAGGGACGCCAUCUAUUUGGAGUACUACAGUGACCAUGCGGAUCCUUCAAUACCCACCGUCAACUUAGGCGUGCCCAACACCGAGCGAGGCCACUGCGGAAAAACAUUCGCCAUCCUCAAAAGGUUCCUCAGCGGCGACGUCCCCCAGACCGAUUGGCUCGUCAUCGUGGACGACGACACCCUGAUCAGCCUCCCCAGACUGCGAGGCUUGCUGAGCUGCUACAGCCCGUCAGAAUCGGUGUGUCUGGGGGAGAGGUACGGCUACGGUCUCAGCCAGGGAGGUUACAGCUACAUCACGGGAGGCGGAGGAAUGGUGUUCAGCAGGGAGGCGGUGGUGCGACUCCUGAACAGCGGCUGCAAGUGUUACAGCAACGACGCGCCAGACGACAUGGUGCUGGGAAUGUGCCUCAACGCUCUCGGGAUUCCUGCCACACACAGUGCACUUUUCCACCAGGCCCGGCCAGAAGACUACGCCAGGGACUUCCUCGCUCACCAGGCGCCCAUUUCUUUCCACAAACACUGGAACAUCGACCCAGUUGCCGUUUUUAACAAAUGGCUGACAGGCGAGAGCAAAAACUCAGACAAACCUAAUAAGAAUGCUAAGACUGAGCUAUGAAAUACUUUAAAUGUGUGGAUGAUUAUGUGAGUGUGUUGCUAUGGAGAUAAGUGUGUGUGUGUGUGUGUGUGUGUGUGUGUGUGUGUGUGUGUGUGUGUGUGUGUGUGUGUGUGUGUGUGUGUGUGUGUGUGUGUAUGUGUGUGUGUGUGUGUGUGUGUGUGUGUGUUUGUGUGUGUGUGUGUGUGUGUGUGUGUGUGUGUGUGUGUGUGUGUGUGUGUGUGUGUGUGUGUGUGUGUGUGUGUGUGUGUGUGUGUGUGUGUGUGUGUGUGUGUGUGUGUGUGUGUGUGUGUGAGGUUGCAUGUUAUGUAUGUGUAUUUAUAUAUGAUGACACGCUACACACAGAAAGAUGCCACUCUUUUUCUGUCGUGUUCACAAGAUGCCACUAAUGCUGUACAGUCUAUUUUCAAAUAAAUGUGGACAUUUUUAGGUUGCGUUUUUAAUCAAUUUAAGUGACCCGCUCGUAAUUAAUGCUGGUUAUUUUAUUCUGAAAGCAGUCUUUGUG